CCUCUUUGACCCUCACCCCGGGCACCGCUUUUCUGUCCCUUCCGACGCCGCAGGGCCAGGCUGUCUCUUCAUUAAACGCCCCGGGGUCGGGAGGUGAUGGCAGGGCAGCGGUGGACAGGGCCCCGCCGCCGCCGCCGCUUGUGCGAGCAGCAUCUCCUGGGGCCCGCGCGCGGCGCGGCCGUUGCCCCGCGCCCGUUAGGGGGCGCUGGGGAGAGCACCGGGCGCGCGCGGCGCGGCGCUAAAAUGGCGGCGCGGGGCACAGGCGGCCCUGCGGCGUGGUAGGGGGGGCUCUCCCCCCCCCCCCCCGCCUGCCCCCCGGUCCUCCGCGGGCCGGGCAGCGGAGCGGGCGCGGCUGGUGCGCUAUAUAUAAGGGUCGGGUCGGCUCGGCCCGGCUACCCGCCGCCGGAUCCCGGCCUCUGGGUUGGACCAGGGCACCGAGGCAAAUGUGCAAUACCAAGAUGUCCUCCCUUACGGAUGCAUCUUCUGUCACCGCUUCAGAGCAAGAGGCGCUGGUUAAACCAAAGCCACUGUUGUUGAAGUUGUUAAAGCUAGCUGGUGCAGAAAAGGACACUUUUACUAUGAAGGAGGUAAUAUUCUAUCUUGGACAAUAUAUUAUGUCUAAACAAUUAUAUGAUGAAAAACAACAACAUAUUGUACACUGUGCAAAUGAUCUCCUGGGGGAUUUAUUUGGAGUAACAAGCUUUUCAGUAAAAGAACACAGGAGACUGUAUUCAAUGAUUUCCAGAAAUCUGAUAGCAAUCAAUCAACAAGACUCUGCGCUUGCUGACACACCUGAGGAUGAUUCCAGAUUUCAGCUUGAAGAAAAUGUUCUAAAGGAAUCUAUGCAAGAGUUAGAAGAGAAGCAGACUUCAAACAUGACUUCCCAAGCAACUACAUCUUCUAGGAGGAGAACACACAGUGAGUCUGAAGAAAAUUCUUCAGAUGAUCUGCAUAGUGACAGAAGAAAACGACACAAGUCAGACAGCAUUUCGUUGACGUUUGAUGAAAGUCUCUCAUGGUGUGUAGUCAGUGGUCUGUGCCGUGAAAGAAGCAAUAGCAGUGAUUCAACAGAUUCUCUUUCAAUUCCUGAUCUUGAUGCCAGUUCAUUAAGUGAAAACUCUGAUUGGUUUGAGCAUAGUUCUGUUUCAGACCAGUUCAGUGUAGAGUUUGAAGUUGAGUCUAUUUAUUCAGAAGAUUAUAGCCAUAAUGAAGAAGGACAGGAGCUCACAGAUGAAGAUGAUGAGGUAUAUCAGCUGACUAUUUAUCAAGGUGAAGAUAGUGAUGCUGAUUCAUUUGAUGAAGAUCCAGAGAUUUCUCUAGCUGAUUAUUGGAAGUGUCCCGAAUGUAGUGAAAUGAAUCCUCCGCUUCCACGACAUUGCCACAGAUGCUGGGCCCUUCGUGAGGACUGGCUUCCAGAUGAAAAGAGUGAUAAAUUGGAAAAGAGCAAGUUAGAAAGUUCCAUCCCUCUAGAGGCUGAGGAAGGUUUUGAUGUUCCUGACUGCAAGAAAGUGAAAAUGACUGAAGAGAAAGAACCAGCUGUGGAGGAGAGUGAGGAUAAAGCAGUACAAAUUUCUGAGUCCCAGGAAAGUGAAGAUUAUUCCCAGCCAUCCACAUCAAGCAGCAUGUUUUGUAGCAGUCAGGAGGACUAUAAGGAACCUGAGAAGAGAGAAAUGCAAGACAAAGAAGAAAGCAUGGAAUCCAGUCUGCCUGUUACCAGCAUAGAGCCCUGUGUUAUAUGUCAGAGCAGACCUAAAAAUGGCUGCAUAGUACAUGGCAAAACGGGACACCUCAUGUCGUGUUUCACCUGCGCAAGAAAACUUAAGAAGAGGAACAAACCCUGUCCAGUGUGCAGACAGCCCAUACAAAUGAUUGUACUAACUUAUUUCAGUUAGACGGGUAUUGACUGGAGAGCAGCAAAAGGAACUUCAUAAACUGGUUCAGAGAGUAAGAAACUAUUUUUGUAUGCUUAUUGGAAAAUCGGUAUUUUAGGUUUCUUUACAUUUGGUAUGAAAAGUAAUUGCUGAAAUAAAUGCACUGGAGUUGUUAAGAGGUUAGCCUAGCAUUCAUAAGUCACCUUGAAGAUUUUCAAAUCCCUCUCAGUAGAAAUAACCAAUUCCUGUAAAUCACCAGCCUCUCCAAGUGGUUUAUGUUCCAUACAAGUUAGCGACAUUUGUUUUGCUGGAUUAAAUAUAUUAAAAACCCAAAUUCAAUUAUUAUGAGAGAAGAGACAUGUUGAAGAGUUCAUGUGAGCUCCUCCUCUUAAGAAGACAGAAGAUUCCUCAGAUUCCACUCUUUGUUGCCUGGUGAAGACCCCAGGCUUGGUUGGAAACCUCUGAAUAAGUCAAUAAAAUAAAUAAAUAGAA